AGCUUAAGCAUUUGGUCGAAAAUUUGUGCCCAUUCUAGUAAAAUUCUCCAAAGAAAGAGGUUGUGUCGCUUUGAUUUUUGAAGUCAGCGUCUGGAAUUUUUACUCAUUUUACUUAAUCAAACGAGAAUUUAAACAAUAAUUGUGUUUUAAUUUUAAAGGAAGGUUGAUUUGCUGUUUUCUGCCACAAAGUAAAUGAGUCGCCGACAUGGCGGACGAUGAGCAGUUUUCACUUUGUUGGAAUAAUUUCAACAGUAAUUUGUCGGCUGGUUUUCAUGAAUCACUAUGCCGAGGCGAUCUGGUGGAUGUCACUUUGGCGGCGGAGGGCCAAUUCGUGAAGGCGCAUCGGCUUGUUUUGUCGGUGUGUUCGCCAUAUUUCCGCAAAAUGUUCACCCAAAUGCCAGCGAACCAACAUGCAUUCGUUUUUCUGAAAGAUGUAAGCCACUCAGCUUUAAAGGAUCUAAUACAGUUCAUGUAUUGUGGAGAAGUUAAUGUGAAGCAAGAGGCGUUGCCUGCAUUUAUCAGUACAGCUGAAGCCCUGCAGAUAAAAGGACUCACAGAUAGUGAUCCCGCGCCUGCACAAUCUCCGGCCAAGCCAUCCACACCAGCGCCCCAACCAGCGCCGCCCGCCCAAACAAUAACUCAAGCUAUUACACCUCCCCGUGUAAGACAGCGUAACAGUACAAGUCGGUCGUAUAGAAUAGAAACAGACGAUUCAGAUGACAAGAGUACCCAAAUUGUAUUGCAAGCAACACCGGUACAACAACAACAAACCCAGCAACAACAACAAACACAACAACCUACCAUAGUACAACAAACAACAACCACCACAGCUAUAGUUAGUCAAAAGAGAACGGCACCCCGCAGUAUAAGCACCCCCCAUACAAAACGAUCAAAGAAUACCAUCGAUCCGCUUGAGGCAUCCGAACCUACACAGAUUACCGUUCAGACAGUUACCGAAAGUAAAUCGACGAGCGAUGCGGAAUUUAUUGACUUGCCCAUUGAAAUGCCGACCAAAUCUGAACCUGAUUAUGCUGAAGAAACCGGAGAAGUUGAGACUGCUGAACAGGACGCAACAUAUGUUGAGGAUGAUUCAUAUGGUGAUAUGAAAUACGAUGAGAGCUAUUUUACAGAACAAGAGGAAGCGGGUGCGGCGACGGGCGGUGCUGGUGGAGCAACAACAUCAACGGCAGUCGUUAAACAGUCAUUCGUUGAUAAUUCAUAUGUGGAACAGGCGGAUCAAUCAGCUAAUGAAGCACAGGAUGAAGUACGAUUCAUACGAAGCCAGAAAAAGAACGCCCAAUUGGUGUACAAGGGAUUUAUCUACAAUAAGAAAUUAACCCAAGCCAAUGGACACACUACGUGGCGGUGUAUCGAUGUUUUAAAAUGCCGAUGCAAAGCAGUGGUUAUCACCAAAAGGAGUGAGCUUGUGGCGGCUCGUCGUAACCACAAUCACUUGGACCACUUGUCUCGCAUUGGUCACAGACCUCUUUAUCGCGAGGAAGAGGAUCUGGGCGAGUACAUUGAAAUCAAGGCCGACGAUCCAAAGCUGAACGAGAUCAUAACCGUGUCUCAUCUUGAAUUCGAUAAGGACAAUUAUAAAAUAUUUGUGCCCUCAUUGAAAACCAAAAAAAUAUAAAGUAGACUUUUAAUUUUUGAUUGCUCUUCUUAGGGACUUAUUUGUAUUUGUUUAAAUUUAAUUUUUUGAAACAUCCAAUAAAAUGAAUAUAUUAUAUUCUAGAAAAGAGAAAUAACAUUUUUAUCAAGGGAUAUGCUAAGCACUAUGCAGUCUGUAUGCAUAGAACAUGAUUCCAAGUAACUAAAUGGAAAAGACCUUUUUAAUUCAACGAAAUAGUUUUUAUUUAACGUGCCUCCAUUUGGUCUAAUUGGCGAUACAAAAAUAAGAUUUAUUAAAACCAGAUACUUAAUACACACAUACAUUAAACACUUAUUUUAAUUACGCAAACACUCAAUUUUAUUCCGAAUGCACAAAAUUGCAUGAACUUUAACCAAAGUUUUGCGAUUUUAGGUCUUACGAAUAAUUUUAUAAUAUAUAUUUUCCGAUAGGUAUUAGUUAAAUUAAAAACCAGGUAUAUAUGAGUAUGAAUUGCAUUUUUAUCACAUCAAUUUUAAAGGAGUUACUGUGGAUAGUUUUUGUUUUAAAUACUCACCCAGUUGAAAUAAAACUAAGGAACUACCUACUUCUCAGUAACUUACUAUUUUUAAACUCGAAAUAAUUAGCAAAAUAGAUUAUAAUUUUCUAUUCCUUGCUUUUUUGUUUUUACUGAUCUAGAAAAUAAUAUAUUUUAAAAAUUUUGUAUUUGCAUUAUUUUAAUAUUAAUUAAAAGCCCUUGACAUAGAAAUGUAAAGAACGGGUUACGUUUAUAAGAGUGUGUUAUUAGUUUUUCCACAACAAUUAAUUUGUUUACGAAUCCUUUUCUUUUUAUAUGUAUGUGUAUUAAUGUGUAUUUUCUCAAGUUGACUCCUGAGAGAAAUACUUUCAAAUCAAUAAUCAGCGCUAUCAUGAAUUCCAUCGUAAUCGGAAAUUUGCUCCGGAUCCCGAAAAAUCAAUCACAAAAUCCGUUCGUAGUGGAAAAUCUCAUACAAUUUUGCAUUACGAACGGAUUUCAUGAUACAGUUUUUUGGGAUUCGUAAAAAUUUCCGAUUAUGACCGAAACCAUUUGGCCCUUCAAUUCCCAGUGUCAACUGUGGAUGACGUGUGAUUAUAAUUCUAAUUUCUUAUUCGCAAAUAAAAACUCUUGUUAGAAUUUUUUAAAUUUAAUUUCUGCAGGCGUUAAUAGAAAAACAACAUUCACAAUUUUUAUUGUAGGUGACCCUCUUUAUAAAGUGUCGUGAAGUUAUUUGGUUUAAAAUAUUGUAGGUCUCUUUUAGAUCCAUUUAUGCUAUUGAUUAGACAUCGGAAUUGAAGGGUUAAAUAACUCUAUUCAGGUCAUAAUAUUUAUACUUUUUUCAUAAAUUUGAUAUUUUUAUUUACUUGGAAAAUUCAGAUGUAGACCCACGAUAAUUUUUUUUAAAGACUACCUUUAUUUGUUUUAUAUAUUAAUACAAAUAUGUAAAUAAUAAACAAAUAUUUGGACUAUGUUAGAAUUCUAUUUUUCUUUAUAGUUCAGUACUCAUAUGGGAUCAUCGAUCUAUAGUUAACUUUCAGAUCAGUACAGAUGACAUCUUCAUAAUUUCCAUUGGGAAUGUAUAUAACUAAGAACUUGUGUUUAGCUUUUCAUUGCUGUCAAAUAUUUCUAAAAUAUUUAUAAUGUUUAAGUUAUAUAAAGAAUAUUUUAUAUUAUCCUUUUUUUAUAUGAAUAAAUAACGGUAAUCUCAA